UUCCUGGUCCUAGACCGACAACGAUCUGCUAACAUUCAGGGCUGAUUUCUUUCAAAGUCUAUGUCUUAUUUUAUAAGAACUCCAUUACAUUGCCUGAUUCAUGAAAAGAGCUUCCCAAAUGAAAACUUGUUGGCGUUAUGUGCUAUCAGAAGAUACAUGACUGGAACUAAAAACACAAAGGAAGUUGGUUUUUCCUGUUUAAACGUCCUGCAUUGGAAACUUCUUUGCUGAGAACUAGAAGCAAUGAAUGGCUACUUUCCAGAACAAGAUGUACAUGAUCUACUUGAGCUACAUGAUCUAGGGGAAAAUACAGAGGAAGAAAGUAGAUCACCUGCUAUCGAGGAGCCUCUUAAUGCUGGAAUCCCAAGAACUUCUGAGUGCUCUGCCAAAGCAUCUUUCCAACUCACCAGACAUCUGCCAAAGCUCACCAGACAUUCGGCCAGCAACCCUGUGCUCUUGUUCGGAGAUCGUUUUUUGGAAAUGCAAACUGUGGAUGGUUAUAGCUUCAGUUUUCCUGUGUUUGAUCCUUGUGAUUAUUAUAAGUUUAACGUUUUAUUCAGUGAUUUAUACAGAUGAAGAUGAAUACUGGGAUCUCAAUUCAAUAGUAAAUGGUAAUCAUCAUAAUUUCUCUGGAAUUUUAAAGAUUCACUGCACUAACCCUGAUUGGCUGCUCUCCGAAACAGUAUAUCAGCUGCUUUCUGAAAAUCUUAGUAAAAGGCUUACAGAUCUAUACAGUAAUUCCCCUGCUCUUGGGCGCUAUUUUAUUUAUGCUGAAGUUAUUUCCUUCAGUGAUGAAAACAAAACUGCAUCCUUUGAGCUGGGGUUCUCAGUCCCAGCUGAAUCUGAAGGGUUCAUGAAGAGCAGAAUGAGUGAGACGUUUGUGAAGAAUGUUUUAAGGCAAAAUAUUUAUGAUCAGGAAAAAAUAUAUGACAUAGAUAUAACUGACUGUACAGAUUUGACACUUGAUCCAACCUCUCUUUCAGUUUCAUUACAUGCUAGCAGUGCAGAUGAGUGAGUUAUACAUGGACUUCAGCACUUCUGAUCAGCCUAGGAAGAAUCUUCAGCUAUGGAGCUCAAAAUGUAAAAUUCAAAGAAACAGCUCUUCCUGACUGAUUUCCAGUAUGCAUCAGGGCUAGAUCUGCAUUUAUUUUUUAGAGAAAGAGGCAAAAGUACACAAUGACACCCUCCGUAUAUUAUAUACAUUUUUUUUACUUUAUAUACCAAUGUAUAUAAUCACGAACUCUUUUAAAUGGUUGAAUAAAUUAUGUUGACCUCUGUGAACUGUUAAUAAAUAAUUACACUUUUCCAUUA